GUUCGACAAGUGCUUCCAGCUGAUCGUCUUUGCGAAUGGUCGUGCAGGCAUGAACGGAGAGCACUCCAAGAUGGAUGCAACCCCGACCUCGCGUCUUUGCCGGUUCAUGAUUGACGAGGCCCAGGCUCGCAGCCUUCCUGAUUUCCGAAAUCUAAAUGCCGAGGACCUGUACGAAUGUGCCUCUGCACUGGACAAGCCUGAGCCGCUCAAGUUUGCGUCGAGCGAGGCCCUUGACAAGGCCAUUGAAGAUGCGCAUGCGUAUUUCAAGGCGACGGUGGAGGCCCACGAGAUGGUUCCGACAGAGUUCAAGGGAUAUGGCAAGGGUCUGAUCAAGGCCUUCAAGAUGUCGCCGGAUGCGUAUGUGCAAAUGGCCCUCCAGCUGGCGUAUUACCGUAAACACGGCGAAUUGGUGGCGACGUACGAAUCUGCGGCGACACGCAAGUACCGCCAUGGUCGCACAGAGACUGCGCGCUCGUGUUCCAAGGAGAGCAAGGCCUUUUGUGAGGCAAUGGAUAACCCGGAGAUGGGUCUGAAGGCCAGGGCUGCAGCGUGCCGUGCAGCAGUGGCUCGACAUGCGCAGUACACCGCCUGGGCAGUCGAUGGACAGGCGAUCGACCGUCAUUUGCUGGGUCUGCGAUUGAUCCGCAAACCGGAGGAGCCAGUACCGGCCAUGUUUGAGGAUCCGGUAUUUUCUCGAUCAUGCCGGUGGAGACUGUCGACUUCACAGAUCUCGGACGAUUGUUUUAUUGCAUACGGAUGGGGCGAGGUGGUUCCUGAUGGGUACGGAUGUGCGUACAUGGUGAAGGAGGCUGAGCUAGACUUCUGUAUCACGAGUCUAAAGCUGGGAUCCAAAGAAUUUGGACAGUACAUUGUGGAUGCGUUGGAGGAGAUGCGGUUUACGUUUGAGGAGGUCCGCAAGAUCGAGAAGGCCGAGGCAGCCGAGGCAGCACUGGCAGCGGCAGCAGCGGCAGCGGCAGCAAAGGCGGCCGCUGCUGCAGCCGAGGCAGAACGUGCUCAGGCUGAGGCAGAGCGCAGGUCGAGCGAAGAGACGGUCCCAACAGCAGAGGGCGCUGGGGCGAUGAUUUCGCGUAGCCCGACUCCACCUUCGCCAUCGAAGCCUGCGCCGAGAACGAGUCUGUUCUUCCAGAAGCAUGACCCGGUUCUGCGAACGGCAAUGGCGCGGAAUGCGAUGGCGGCAGCACAAGAGAAGUACUGGUCGGGGAUUGAGGAGAUUGCGUUUGAUGAUGGUAUACUGGGAUCGCCCAAGGCCAAGACCAGCCGUCCCCUCUUACCGCUGAACGCGAGCGCCUCUGGGUCGAUGUUGUCGCAUUCAUCGUCGUCUUCUUCGCUGAUGUCAUUAAAUACUAUCAAUAGCAACCGCAAUGGCAAUGGGACACGAUCGAGAUCGUCGAGCCAGCAGAACGGGUUGCGACCGAGGAGCGAUUCGGGGGCACAGAAGAAGACGUUCUUGGCAAUCCUCAUGGGCGAGGAUAGUGUCCUUCGCAGGCUCCGGACCCGCCGGGGCACAGUCCUCAACGGCAGGAACAUCUCGCCCGGUUCGCCUACAUCGCCUUCAGGUCAUACUCCUUCGUCGCCUACAUCGCCUUCGAGCCGCGCUCCUUUGCCCUGAUCGAAGAUGCAGAGGUCUCUGUUUCAGACCAAUGCAACAACAACCCACUCAUUUUUGACUUCAUAUCCGUAUUCGUCUUCAUAUUCGUCUUCAUAUUCAUAUAUAUUUCAUAUUCACAUAUAUUUCCAUGUUCAUAUUCGUAUUCAGAUUGACAGAUUUCACACAACAGCAGCAAGAGCG